GAUUACAGGAAAAACCAUGAGGUUUAAAAUCAUUUACCAAAAAUGUGUAUAUUUAUUACCGUGUGUGUUAUUAUGGGUUUUGUAUUAUUCAUUGCAUUAUUCUUCAGACCAGAAGAAGACACUUGUCUUACCUGAAACGAAUGAGCUUGUGUCAAAUCUCACAAUAUACAGGACAUUAAUUUUGACUACAAAAACGCAAUGGCGAGUUUAAAUGCAGCGAAAGUUGAAGCCGACAACUCAAAACUAAUUGAAAUAAUACGGAAUCAUUUCAUUGACGCUCCGUCUCGCCUUCCGUAUGGAUUAAAUCAUCCUGAAGUCAGAGAUCCUUCUCAGGGUCAGUCAGCAUUUGUUGAUAAAAUAUUGAAUCAAUCGGGAGGUGGAUUUUUUGUAGACUGUGGCGCCCACGCCGGAGAGACAUUCUCAAACACUUUGUUUCUUGAAAGGUUUCGUAACUGGACAGGCAUAUUAAUAGAAGCCAACCCGACAGUCUACAAGGAACUAAAGACGAAAAACAGAAAAGCAUUUACCUUGAACGCAUGUCUUUAUGGGAAGUCUUAUCCAUCCGUGGUGUCAUUUUUGGAAAACUCCUGGUGGGGAAAAAUUUUUGAGGGAAAUUACUCAAAGGCAUACAGAGGAAUAGGCGGCAAAGGUCGUUACGUUCAUGUCCAGUGCUUCCCUUUGUAUUCCAUUCUUCUAGCGUUAAAUCAAACCAGAGUUGAUUACUUCAGUUUGGACGUUGAAGGUGCGGAAGAAGACGUGCUCGAUAGCAUACCAUGGGACAAAGUUGAUAUCAGGAUGAUGUCUAUUGAAUAUGAUAAAUGGCCUGGAGGAAAUUGUCUGCUUGACUACAGUAAAAAAAAAAAAGACAUCAUGAAGUUUAACAUUAUUUACCAGAAAUUUAUAUAUUUAUUGCCGUGUGUAUUAUUAUGGGUUCUGUAUCAUUCAUUACAUUAUUAUUCUUCAAGUGAGAAGAUGACACUUGUCGUACCUGAAACGAAGAAGACAGUUGUAAAAUCCAGGAAUAUACAGAAGGAUAUUCAUUUUGACUACAAAAACGCAAUGGCGAGUUUAAAUGCAGCACAAGUUGAAGUAGACAACUCAAAACUUAUUGAAAUGAUUAGGAAUCAUUUCAUUGACGAUCCGUCUCGCCUUCCGUAUAAAUUAAAUCAUCCUGAAGUCAGAGAUCCUUCUCAGGGUCAAACGGCAUUUGUUGAUAAAACAUUGAAUCAAGCGGAAGGUGGAUUUUUUAUAGACUGUGGCGCUCACGCAGGAGAGACAUUCUCCAAUACUUUGUUUCUUGAAAGGUAUCGAAACUGGACAGGCAUAUUAAUAGAAACCAACCCGACUGUCUACAAGCAACUAAAGAUGAAAAACAGAAAAGCUUUUACCCUGAACUCGUGUCUUCAUGGGAAGUCUUAUCCAUCUAUGGUGUCAUUUUUGGAAGACUCUUGGUGGGGAAAAGUUUUUGAGGGAAAUUUCUCAAAGGCAUACAGAGGAAUAGGCGGCAAAGGUCGUUACGUUCAUAUCCAGUGUUUUCCUUUGUAUUCCAUUCUUCUAGCGUUAAAUCAAACCAGAGUUGAUUACUUCAGUUUGGACGUUGAAGGUGCGGAAGAAGGCGUGCUCGAUAGUAUACCCUGGGACAAAGUUGAUAUCAGGAUGAUGUCUAUUGAAUAUAAUAAAUGGCCAGGAGGAAAAUCUGCUUUAAAAUCUUACAUGGAGAAAAGAGGAUACAAAUACAUGACCGACAUAAAGGCAAUGGCUGCAGCUGAUAUCAUAGUGUUAAAAGAUGAUCAAAGACUUUAAAACUCAUCUGAAUUUUUGUUUAUAUCAUUAAUUUAUUCUAAUUUGGUUUGUGUUGAAUGUUGAUUAUAUUAAUCACCCUCGACGGACUCAAUCGCAACGAUGGUAUGAGAGAAGUAAAGUAAGUUUCCCUUUCAAUGCUGGGCGCAAAGCAAGGGAACUACUGGUACCAUUUGGUCUUUGGUAUGAUGCGGCCGUGUAUCAAACAUACGACCUCCUGCACUCAAAGCGGAAGCUUUAGCUCGAAAAUAUCGGGGCGGUAUUAAAAUAACUUAUUCUAUAUUCACGGCAUCAUUAUUUUGAAAACAAUGUUUUUCAUUUUCUGACAAUAUGUCCGUCCGUUUUCAUUAUUUUUGUAACUUAAAAAAUGACUGUUUAAAUGUAAAUGAAAUACACAUUACAAUGUUUUCUUUCGAACAUUGGCAUUAAUGCAUGUGUGUGGAACAUAAAAGAAUAAAACAUUCAAAUCAAUAUACCGAUAUCAAGAAAAUUAAAGGUGUGAUCAUUUUAACAUACCUUAUCUAAACCCGUUGGCUCAUCCGUUUAUUACCAUAACAAAUUAUGCAGGUCUUGAAUUGACUGCUUUAGCCCGAAUAAUGAUGUAGCUGCGCAAAGGGUGCUGAAAAAAUAUCCAACUGAGUAGGACAGACUUGCAAAUUCGGUUUGAAGCAUAUAAUAAAUGAUCUGAACUGCACUGGGGGAUUACAUUGUGAAAACAGCAUAUGAUCGUGCUACAAAAAAGGUGUUGAACACCAUGGACAUUAUAGCGUUAAAAUGCUUCAUUCAAACAUUUUGAAACUCCAUCACAGGCCGAAAUUCGAUGUGUACGUUAUUCAUCUUCCUCAUCUUUUUCACACCAAUGACCUAGAAGAGG